CCGGGUCAUCAGGCAUUGAUCGUCUGGCAAGACUGCGGGCACCGAGUCAUCUGGCAAGACCGCGGGCACCAGUCAUCUGGCAAGACCGCGGGCACCGAGUCAUCUGGCAAGACGCGGGCACCGAGUCAUCUGGCAAGACAGCGGGCCCCGAGUCACCAGGCACAACAGCGGGCUCUGAGUCAACCGGCCCGACAGCGGGCUCCGAGUCAACUGGCAAACAGCGGGCAUCGAGUCAUCUGGCAUAAUAGGAUCAUCAGGCUGGACCAGCUGGGUAAAGAGACAUCAGGCUGAAUUGUGGGCGCUGAGGCACCAGGCUGCACCACGGAAGACGGGUUCUCAG